AUGAAGGUUCUGGCCGUAGUAUUGCUGGCCCUGGUGGCCUCCGUCCACUCCAGAAACAUUAACGUCGAAGAUGUAAUUGACCUGGAAGACCUCACUGCAUAUGGAUAUCUUGAUAAAGUCGGUCGUCCUUUAGCCGAUAAGAUCCGUUUAGCGGAGUCUCAACCGAGUUCCAGAAUUACUGGUGGUCAAGCCUCGAGCCCAGGGCAGAUUCCUUACCAGGUUGGUCUUCUUGUUCGGUUUGGAAAUGGGCAGGGUGUAUGUGGUGGGGCUAUUGUCAAUGCAAAUAGGGUACUCACAGCAGCCCAUUGCUGGUUUGACGGACAAAAUCAGGGGACAAGUGUAGAAGUUGUAGCUGGUUCAAUUAGACUGUUCUCUGGCGGUCAAAGGAUUACUACCAAUAGUGUUUCCAUGCACGCUAGUUGGAACCCGAGUUUAAUUCGUAAUGAUAUUGGAAUCCUUAACCUGCCUAUUCAUAUUUGGCUGUCAGGCGCUGUUUCUAACAUUGCCCUGCCUUCUGGCAGCCUGAUCAACGAACACUUCGCCAAUGAGAUUGGAAUUGCUUCAGGAUUUGGACGUACUGGCGACGGCCCUAAUCACGGUAUUACGACGAACCAAGUCCUCAGUCACGUCAGCCUACCAAUAAUGACUAAUGCUGACUGUUGGCGCUCGUUCCCCAUGAUUCUCCAAGGAAGCAACAUUUGUACCAGCGGUGCUAACGGCAGGAGUACUUGCCAAGGUGACUCCGGCGGUCCUCUUGCUGUUACUAGGAGCGGCCAUCCCGUACUGGUUGGUCUGACCUCUUUCGGUUCUGCUCGAGGCUGUCAGCAAGGCUUCCCUGCUGUCCUGCGACGUGCUAGACUUGCGCUUGUAGAACGACGUGGCGGAAUUCCACAUGCUUCUCCACCAACGCUAGUGUUCUAUGGAGCACUGUGCGCGCUUUGGCCCUCGCAGUCGUGGCUGGCUUUGGAUUUUGGGGAAUACGGCACAAGUGAACACUGA